GAAAUUAGACGUACGUAGGUUGUGUUUCACCUUUCGUAAUUUCCCAUGCCCUUUCCCGUCUGUCCAGGUAUUGUAAGAGUUUUACUGCAGAGAAAUGACACGGUGUAAACCUGCUGUGAGUUGUUUGCAUGUAUGCAUGGACAUACUCACUCCAUACUGUAGAUGUCUCUAGUUUCCAGCUGUAACUUUACAACAGCUCCAUCCAUAAACCAAAGAAGAGCAUAAUCAGGAAAUAGUGCACUUGCCUGAGCAGCAUGAGGAAUCACUGUUUUCACAAGAGAAGUUGAUGCCGCAGCAAGCAACAAGCAGGAUGGAAAAGGUGAUCAACUGUUUCAAGAAAAGUCCAGAUGCUGUGGCCAGACUGAUCUGCUUCCCCUGGGCUGGUGGAGGGUCCAUACACUACGCACGCUGGGGAAACGUCCUCAGCAGCUCCAUAGAAGUAUUUGCUGUCAAACUUCCAGGCAGGGAGAGUCGAGCCAAAGAGCCGUUCUUUCAGAACAUGCAGCAGAUUGUGGAUGAGGUUGUUGGUGUUUUGUUACCGCUGCUGAAAGAGAAGCCGUUUGCUCUGUUUGGCCACAGUUUUGGCGCCUUUACGAGCUUCGCUGUUGCAGAUGCUCUGAAGAGACUCCACAACCUCCAACCGGUUCACAUCUUCCUGUCUGGUGCUUCUGCUCCUUAUUCAGAGACACGAAUCAACGCCCCGAAGAGAUGCGGCUUAACAGAUGAUGAUUUCCUCAAGUGGAUGACUUCGAUAGGAGGAACUCCUCCUGAGCUGCUGGCCAACCCUGAAGUACUGAAGCUCUUCCUUCCUGCCCUGAAGGCCGACCUGCACAUUGUGGAGAACUUCAAGUGUAACAAGCCAGACAGUCCGUUUCUCUCCUGCCCGGUCACAUGUCUGGAUGGAAAGGAAGAUAUUCCUCAUGACUUACAAGCUUGGAAAGACAUCACAACAGGAGAUUUCACCGUCAGGAUGCUGAAUGGAUCUCAUUUUUACCUGAAGGAUCCUGGAAAUGAAAAAAUAAUAUUAGACUACGUCACAAAGCACCUGGAAACAUCCGAAAUGGACUAUUUAUGAUGAAAUAUGUGCAACUGUAGAUUGUAUCUAAUGACUUUAAUGUUUUGUUUUUCUACUAAUUCAUUGUGAGUUAAUUUAAUUCUGUACAUUUUAGCUGUGUAACAUAAUGUGUUUGAGCUGUGUGGAACCUCAUGUGUAAUAAAUCUAACUUAAGAAGCCUGAAAACGACAA